AAGUGCCUCAGCCAAGAUGUCUGCGCCCGAUGAGGACACGUUUGCCGAGGAAAGAGACGAAAUGGAGGAGAUGGACGAGGCGGGCAGCGACGACGACGAAGGAGAAGAAAUGGACGAGGAAGGAGAGGGCGGGGAGCGGGAGACGAAAGUGUACGUCCCCGGGAUGGAGCCCCUACAGCCCGGAGAGGAGCUGGAGAUGGACCGCUCCGCGUACCGCAUGUACCACGAGUGCCAAACAGGUGCUCCCUGUCUGAGCUUUGACAUCCUGAGAGAUGGAGACGGAGAUGGCAGGGAGCAGUUUCCUCUGUCCAUGCUAAUCUGUGCCGGCACACAGGCUGAUACAGCCCUGAAGAACAGACUUCUGGUCAUGCGCAUGUACAACCUUCAUGGAACCGAGAAAGAGAAGGAGGGGGAAGAAAGCAGCGAUGAAGAAAGUGACGAUGAGGAGGAGGAGGACGAAGAAAAGAAACCACAAAUGGAACUUGCCAUGAUGCCUCACUAUGGAGGAAUCAACAGAGUCAGAGUGACCCAGUGUGGGGACCUGUCGCUAGCUGCCGUGUGGUCAGAGAAGGGACAGGUAGAAAUAUUUGACCUCCGACCUCAGCUGGAGGCCGUCCACAGUUCGGCUGUGAUGGCUGCUUUCAUCAAAGAGCAGAAGGAAGCCACGGCACUCUUCAGUUUCUCAGGUCACAUGACUGAAGGCUUUGCAAUUGAUUGGUCACCUAAAGUACCCGGGCGUCUCGUCAGUGGCGACUGCAAAAAGAACAUACACGUGUGGGAGCCGAGGGAGGGGGGGACGUCGUGGCAGAUUGACCAGCGACCUUUCAGCUCCCACACCAAGUCUGUGGAGGAUCUGCAGUGGUCGCCUACAGAAGCUACAGUUUUUGCAUCGUGUUCGGUUGAUCAGUCUAUUCGGAUCUGGGAUAUCCGGGCCCCACCCAACUCUAUGCUCUCAGCCGACGGAGCUCACUCGUCAGACAUCAACGUGAUCAGCUGGAACAGGAGCGAACCAUUCCUCCUGUCGGGAGGGGACGAUGGGCUUCUGAAAGUUUGGGAUCUGCGACAGUUUAAGGCUGGCCGGCCGGUGGCGAACUUCAAGCAGCACAGCGCUCCCAUCACGUCCGUGGAGUGGAGCCCAGCGGACUCCAGCGUGUUCGCCGCCUCAGGGGCGGAUGACGUUGUCAGCCAGUGGGAUCUGUCCGUGGAGUCCUGCGACGUGGGCGCCAGGGUGGAGGGGCUCAAGGACCUACCCCCUCAACUGCUGUUCCUGCACCAGGGUCAGUCGGAGAUCAAGGAGGUCCACUGGCACCCACAGAUACCUGGCGUCAUGGUCUCCACGGCGCUGUCUGGAUUCAACGUGUUCAGGACAAUAUCCGUGUAGUGUGUGUGUUUUAGAGAUAAACGGAUGAUUUUGCAUUUACACAUUUGAUGUACAUGUGUAAUGAGCAGUAGGGAGCUUGUAAUAAUGUACAGAACUUUGCUAUGUAAGUAAAAACCCUUCUUUGACCUUUAUUUGCCGACAUAGGCACCACCAUGUUCCUCACUGAUGUUCAGUGUGUAUGCGUUACACACGUGUUGGUCAUUUUAGACAUUUUGCCUGAUGAAUGCUUAAAAUAAAGCAUUUAACAUUA